CGGGCAACAUUCAACGAUUGAAGGAUUGACCUCUUUCAGACACACUUGGUGGCUCGGGAAGAGUGCUGCAAUUCUUCAAAUGUCCCUACAAGUGAGAUUCUGAGGGACGGAGGAAGCCGAAUUAGUGUACUGGAGUUGACCACAAGCGUUAUUGAUUACCGGAGGCAUCUUACCUGCAGUUGGUUUGGUUCCAGACGAUGUCUGCAAUCAAGCUCGCGCUACAGCAGAACCAGAAAAGGGACAGGAGGAAAACCCCGGAGGCCAAGUCUGCAGAAGUGUCUCCAGACUCCAAGUGUCCCAUCUGCUUGGACGUCUUUAACAACAUUGCCUACCUGGACAUCUGCCUGCAUAAGUUCUGCUUUCGCUGCAUUCACGAGUGGUCCAAGAACAAGGCCGAAUGUCCGUUAUGCAAGCAGCCGUUUAAUUCCAUUUAUCACAGUAUAAAAUCGGAGCACGACUUCAAACAGUAUUACCUGAAGCCGGUGACUAAUGGAUCAUUUGGGAUGUUUGGCGGUGUGCGGUUCAGGUACCGUACCACUCUUACCGGGGUGCAUCGGCAGCGGUGGGGAAGGACCUCUCCCCCUCCGGACAACGGCGUCAUAUUUGAGUCGACCGCCAAUCCUCCCCAGCAGCGGCAGACUCGUUACAUCAGGCGCAUGAUGAUGAGGAUGGCGGCCAAGAGGAGAGCCGCGAGCGAAGGGCGGACGUUUCACAGCGUCAGAGAGCUCGAAAUGGUCAACUUCCGGCGCGAACUUUACCGACAAGGUUUGCGGGUCCGCGCCGUGCGCGACGGCGGACGUUCUCGGGACACCUCGGCCGAAUUCUAUCGCAAAAACCCCGCCUGCUUGCACAGACUCAUCCCUUGGCUGAAAAGAGAGCUUGUGGUGCUAUAUGGUGCUCAUGGGUCCCUGGUCAACAUUGUCCAGCACAUUAUCAUGUCCCGCAUUACCCGUGUAGACAUGGAAGACAGAGCCAUCCAGGAAGAACUAUGGCCGUUCCUGCAGGGCCGCACGGAGCAUUUUUUGCACGAAUUCAUCAGCUUUGCCAAGUCCCCGUUCAACAUGGAAGCCUACGACCAGCACGCCACCUACGAGGCCUCGCCCCACUCCUCCAAUUCGGACAUCAGCUCCAACUCAUCUGUCAUAGCGAUUUCCGAGGAUGAGCACGUGGACGUGGAUUUGGACCCCCCCAGGACCCCCGGAUACGCCACGUCCAAUCUGAGCCACUCCCUGUGGGACGACGAGACACCGGGGCCGUCGUACUCCACCACGGCCGAAGAGAAUCGAGCGGGAAGGGAGUCAGUCCGUGACUCCGACUCGGACAGCAGCGUAGAGGAGGAAGCCCAAGAAAUCAAGGCUUCACCGCCGCAUGGAAGCGCAACGCGCAUUCAAGUCGACGACUGUUUGUCUUCAGAGAGCGACGACUGUGUCAUUGUAGGUUUUGUCAAGCCGAGCGCCGAGAGGACUCCCGAGUUGGUGCAGCUCUCCUCGGACGAGUGCUGGAGCGACGACGCAAAAGAAGUCCCGCCCUUGCCGCAGCACGUUGGCUCCGAUAGCGACCAUCCUACGCCAUCGCCGAGGAGAGAGCCCGGCAGCCCAGACCGGCGUCAUUAUCUUGAUACCAAAGAAAGGCACGAUACUCUAAAGUCAAAAGUGUACAAGCCAUCGAGCGGAUUCGAGAGAAAAGACCGAGGCGAUCGUGGGAAACGCGGCUCCAAAGACAAAAAGCACAGGAGGAAAAGGUCGAGUGCGGAGCGCAGACGCUACAGCAUCAGCCCGGUUAAUUGUCGCAUCAGAGAAAGAGACUAUUACUACUCCAACAGCGCAGACUGGAACCACGACAGUAAAUACAAAAGGACAGCGAGCGACUUCUACCAUCAAGUGAGCCGAAAGCAUUCCGACCGACGCUCUCGCUCCAGGAGUUGCAGCAGGGAAUCGCGGCGGAGAGAGAGGCGGAGGUCCAGGUCCAGGACUUGCUCGGGCUCGCCGUCAACGAGACGGACUAACCACGAAAAGCCCGGCGGCAAGAGAAAAUACAAAACCCAACAUCUUGAGAAUCCCUCGUCCCCCAAAUACCCCACCGCCGAGACUAAACCCGAAGACGGGAAAGAGGAGAGGAGCCCGAGCGCUCGGGGCAGGCGUCACAAGAAGAAGAAGAAGAAACACAAGAAGAAGAGCCGACGGCACAGGAGCGCAGAGAAACAUUCGCCGAUCACCAUCGGCAGUGACAGCGACCAUGCCGACGAUACCCCGGCCGGAACCUCCAGCAGGGAGCCCUCCCCCAUCAAAAAUGACUCCUUUUGAGCUCAUAGCAACAACUUCGUUUCAUGUCCCUCCCUCGCUGCCUGCAGUAUUUUUUUCCACCAGACACCGAAAACUGCUUGACUUCACCCUUAUGCAGAUACGUUACUGAGGGUCCUCGGUUUAAGAUCGAGUUCUGUUCCUACAGUGGUGGUGCAGCCUGAAUUCUUACCUCCCUCACUGAAUUCACUUUGUUUCAAAGAUGGCCAAAUACUUUCGAGACAGUGAAGAAGAAGGAUCAGAAUUAGUUUGGGUUUGAAGAAAACAAGGGCACGCCACCUCUCAUGAUGAACAUUCAGGGGGUCCUCUGUUCAGAGAGGUCCAUUCCCACCGCAGCAGUUGAAACAAUCCGAAUGUGUACAUCAAUCAGAACACUUCGUACACUGACUCAAUAGCAACGUCAAACUUACAGAACACUUCGAGGCCACAAACCACUAAAUAGGGUCCUUGCUAAGCGUUCUUCUCCUGCCAUUGUGCAAUCAUCAAUAUAAUAAAACCGAGGACCCCCUGUACUUUACAAAAAUGAACCAACCUUUACAUUUUAGUAGGAAUCCAACACAUUUGGCUAGUUGAAGAAACGUUAUAUUAUUGAGCCUCGUCAGUUUAUGGGGAGGUUUUGUUCCUACGGCGGCGACACAACCCACAUUUUUUUUAUCGCUAUGCGCCAGAGUUUUAAGUACGCACCGACAAGAGUCAAAUAAUUGAAUGGAAAAAACACAUACUGGCUGUAAAUACAGUGAAAUGAAAAACAUUAAGUGCAGCAGUAAUUUGAAUUUUUAUGUCUGGACCAUCGUAAACUGGGGGGCCUCCUGCAUUUGCAAUUUUCUUGCUCUGUUGUUGCUCUUAAAAUUGAUUUAAAAAAAAAAAUGUUUAUCUAAGGUGUUCUCAGGGAUUGAUUUCUUUUUGUAACGGAAAGCUUCCUACACCUCAUGACAUUGCUUAUGAAUCAGCAGGAGUUAUUUGUAUUAAAAAAUUAUUUUCAGCAUUUAAAUGUGUUAAGUCCGAUGUUAGAACUUAAUGUUGUCAAGGAUCCACGUUUAUAAAAGCGUACGCCACACAUUGUACAAAUUUUAUUGAGAUUUUCCAUUUGGGUUCAAUGGCAAAUUGUUUUAUACACCUAUGGAAAUGGAUUAUGAUUUAAGGGAUUCGCUGGUCAGGGCAGCAUGGUGGGCUCAUGAUUAUUGCACGUCACAGUUCUGAGGUUUGGCCUUUGAAUUGGGGCUUAAUCUUUUAUUGAUCCAUCUGAGGCAAUUGGGAGCAGGGUAUUAUUUUUUAUGAUGACUUGACAGCACAUUAAAAUGAAGCAAA